UUUACGUAACUAAUACGAACAAGUAGUGCUUUUAAUGCGAUCACCUCAAUAUUGUGCACGCAGUACAGUUGCUCAAAGAAAAAGUUAUAGAUGUGAAAAAUAAAGCUGCGUCGAGUGCGGGAAAAUUUUCAACACGAUUGAUCAUGUGCGGUGCGAGUGUCUCGCGUAGUAUAAGCUGCUGCCGCUGCUUUGGCGCGAUAUCGAGGCCGCGGCAUCAUCGAGUUGGAAAUGUAAAUAAAAGCCCCAGCGGCUGUGGCUUCGUUACUGUGAUUGGUGUGUUAUGAAACGGUAUUUAACUACUGCAGUGCGAAACGAUUCAUCGGCGGGAUGAUAGCGGCUGCCUCGAUUGCUAAUUGAAAAUAACACCAGCAGCAGCAGUGUUCCCCCGAAGCUUUGUCACGAGAGAAGGAAAACAUCUUUUUACGAAAGCGGGUCAACGAUCUCGUAGUACAAACGCCUGAGUUCUCUCUUUCUCUCUGCAGGCUCCAGCGGCUUAAGCUCUUUCCCCCAGUGUCUUUGGUAUAAAUCUUUGAAAAACUAGCCUGGCUUUAAUCUCUCUCCUCUUCUCUUCUCCAACUUGCAGUGCAAUGUGCGUCGGUUAUGUGAAAUAAAUUAAGCGCCGCUAUCUCGCUCCGGGGCCCGAACGACGUUGCGCUGCGCAGAUUAAUUUAUAUCUUCGUCGUCGUCGUUCGCGCGGCCACCGAGGAGACGUCAAAUAACAAGUGAAGUUUGUUUUUCCCCCGGUUCUUCUCAUUUUCUUUCUCCUCCUCGUUCUUCUUCUUGUUCUCUUUUCUCUUGGUGUGCGAUCGCGGGUGGUGAUAUAUAAUGGUGCGCUGGUGUGAUGGCGAGUGACGCGAAGAAGAAGAGGAAGACGACGACGAAGACGAAGAAGAAGGUGUCGUUUGCGCGAAUCAGUAUCGGAGCCGGUGGUGUAAGAAGAUACUACUGCGCUGGAGGGUGGCUGCGAGAGCGGCGACGACUCACCGAGGAAGACGACGACGAAGAGCUUCAGAGAACGACGACAACAACGCGCGACGAUAAGACAAGAAGGCGAAGAAGAAGAAAAAUAGAGCAUGGGGAGCCCGAGGUUCAUGGCUUUUCUUUUUCUCGGCUUGGCUUACCUGUUACGCGCCGAGUCGUCGCUGCGCGCCAGCGGCGGUGGCAAGGCCGAUAGCGGCCACCAUCCGGAGCACGUACAGCAGCAUCAGCACACAGAAAACGAUGGGCUCAGGCUGAUCGAUGGCCUACUCCACAGCGAAAAGGAUAGCGGCAGCAUUGGCUCGAUGUCGGGAGGCGGCGCCAGCGGUAAGCUACCUGUGACGAAAUUCGCCACCGUCUCCGGUGGCAGUGGCAGUGGCAGUGGCGUUGGAACAAUAACUGCAGCCACGACGACGACGUUGUUGAGCAGCGCGACGCAUUUCGCCGACGAGGGAAGCGAGAACGUGACUGCUCUGGUCGGCCAUCCAGCCGUGCUGCUGUGCAGCGUGCGCAACCUCGGCAAUAGGACGGUGUCGUGGAUAAGAAAGAGAGAUUUGCAUAUCUUGACGUCGAUGGCGCUCACGUACACGAGCGACGGACGAUUCACCGUUAUCGGCAAUACCGAGACGUCGGACGAUUGGAAUCUACGAAUAGAUUACGUGCAGACCAGGGACGAGGGCAUAUACGAGUGCCAAGUCAACACGGAACCAAAAAUACACAGGGCAGUCUAUCUGCGAGUUUUAGAUGUCCAAGCGGAGAUCCUCGGUCCCGACGAGGUGUACGUGAGGAAGGGUAGCACGAUAAGCCUGACCUGCAUGGUGAACUCUCAGGGAGUUCCACCGAGCAACGUGACUUGGUACCAUGCCGGCAACGUCAUCGACUUCGACGGUCCGAGGGGUGGAGUUUCACUGGAGACGGAGAAGUCGAAGGGCGGCACGACGAGCAAGCUGCUGAUAACGCGCGCUUCCCUCGGCGACAGCGGCAAUUACAGCUGCGUGUCCAGUAAGGCCGCUCGCGCCACCGUCGUCGUUCACGUUCUCAAUGGCGAGCAUCCAGCGGCAAUGCAACACGGCGACGCCGCAAGGACGACCGGACGAUUGCUACUGUUACUGCAGCUAUUGCUACUCGUCUGUUUGAGGCCCUUCAGGUGAAGCGAUCCACAGUGAUAAUGUCGCACACUGCCCAAAUUAGGAUGCUAAUCGCCGCUGCUAUAACGACGAGCGUCACUACACCUACCUCUCUACAUGACUUCGAGAGCAUCGAGAGCUCCCUAUUCAACUGCCACCGAUAAGUCAAGCUAUAUAUUAUAUUGCAUAAGCGCUCUUGACAGCGGGUAAAGAAAAAAAACGUUAACGAUAGAGUAAAGAAACAAUUGUAAUACGUAAUGUUUGGCUGUGCGUGACUGCGCGAAUACAUGUGAUCAUUGUGUGUAUCUUUUACUUUCUUACUGGAAUCAAAAAAAAAAAAAAAACAAUUCUUGACGUAGCUUUCAAGAUUCAACACAUGAUUGCUUGAUCAUAACGAAGAUUAAAAUGAAAAAAAAGUAACAAGGACGCGCUCAGCGGUCGUAUGUAGCUUCUUACGAUAAGAAGCUUUGGUCCUCGAGGUAUUGCGAGUGAGAGAGAAAAAAGUGACAUUUCUAAGAAAUUCGGUUGCAAA